UGUGGCUCAAUGGUCUAGUGGUAUGAUUGUUGCUUCGGGAAUUCAAUUCCCUCUCUUUCUCUAGAGAAUGACUGUGACAGGCCCCGGGUGCACCUACCAUAACAGUGAAAUCGAAAGCGCCAUGCUCAAGUGCCCUGGGGUGAUGUGCGGAUAUAUGUUCUGAUCGAUCCUGCGCCAUACAUGGUUCUACAUCGACCUGGCACCGCAAGGUCGCCGCCACCUUAUGACCUGAGUGAUAUCUUUCGUCCUGUUGGAGACUUAUCUCACGGAGAGACCACCAUCACGUUUCAUAAGUAUGAGAUGUGCGACCUCACAUCCCGUCUGUUGAUUUCGAUCGCUAAACAGCCGAAGUCCUCGGGGGUUCUGUGAAUAGAAACAGUAACAGUAUGGAAAUGGACAAUUAGAGCCACAUAAUUGAGAUUCAGAGAUGCUCCCAAAACUCUGGCGUACUAGAUAAUCCUUGCACUAUGUUCUAGCUGUGCACCAGAUAUCAGACCUGUAUUUCAGCCACCUGUCAGAUAAUGCUCUGAAGCAAUCUGUAUCCGUGCAAAAUGUCAUUGCCACAAAUCCACAACCAGAAACGUGACAGUAUUUGUGCCGACAUGGGUUCGCACUCGGAUAAAGGGACAACCUUCAAGCAAUCAGAGUAAAGGCUAUACAAUGAGUAUUGAUUGCUGACCUUCCGAGGCUACCAAAUCGUCCUCAACUUGGGAGCAGAGCACGUUGCAGAUUGCCAGACUUUUAUUGUCUUCUGUUCAAGUCCACUUUGUCGAACCUGGACAUGACACAAGUAUCUAUGCUGCCUUCUACGUGAACGCGCAAGAACGAAUUCUUAAUCUAAGUGUUGAAAGGGUCAUGGAUCCCUGUGGAGAUCUUCGCCAACCUGGAAAAAUCUUCCAGGGAUCUCAAGUAUAAUUCCUUCGUCAAUAUACCUUGCGUAAACAAACAAAACAGCGGGAACAUGUUGAGAAGCAAAAUAAGAGGAAGAAAAGAAUCAACCUGGCAUUUGUCAACACUUGUGUUGAUGUCUCAGAGGCGAAAGCAAAGGUUGCACAUGGUCGAAAGCUGGACCCCUUGCGUCAAGCCCCGAUGACGUAGGUUCAACGCCAUCUAAAUCAAUAUAUCCAGAGUCCAGCCAGCCAUCUCAGUAAAGUAACUUUCUUCCCGAAACUUAACCUCAAUAUUUUGUACUGUUCCUCUCUAUCCUGGUGUUUAUCAAGUACUAGGCGGAAUGUUUUCAACAAACAGCGAUCCGUCGCUGACGGCGUCACAGCAAUUCGAGGUUGUGAACACGCCCAACAUCGACGAGCCAGAAAUUACAGAGGCUGCAACAGAAGACCUUCCUACAGAUAGCCAUGCACUCGCAAAUGCGGACCAUGAUGAAAAGGGAGCUGCCCAGAUUGAUCACGGGCACACUGAAGUGAAAGACUUGGGAUGGAAUGACCAUCCAUCAGAUGUGCCAGCACCUCUGGUAGGAGGGUUGCCAAAUGAGGAACUAUGGACACUUAUUAGACGAUUCAAUAAGCAAAUGUAUCAUGUCAAGGCUCUUGCUGAGCCUCCUCUCGGCGGACUCGAUCUCAACAUCGCAGAUGAAGAGGAGUUCUCUCCGGACAAACUGAGAGCCAACAUUGAAAGACUGUACAUGACCGUUGGUGUUGGUAUGGUAGGAUUCUGGAAACAUAUUGCAAGGCUCCGAUCAUGGCGAGAACGAAAACGAACAUUGGCGUUUUCCGCCGUGUACUUUGGGACUUGGGUAUUUGACUUUCUAGUCCCGACAAUCAUCGCAUUUCUGAUUGUAUUGAUCGUGUAUCCAUCAGCCAGAACGUACUGCUUCCCACCUGCUCCGAUUGCCUUGAUCGACUCCAAGACUGGUGGGAUCAAAAAGCCAACAGCCGGGGUUCUUGGAAGUGAUAACAGCUUAACCGGAGCUCCAGAGAAACACCAAGGAGAAGCUGUAGAACAAGAGGCUAGCAACUUUGUCAAUGGCUUUACAUCCAUCGCGAUUAGUAGCGCUACAGGCAAGCACCCGGGAGGCGAUCAAACCGAUGAAGCAGCACCGGACAGCCUUGAAUCUCGUGCACCCGAUCCUACAAAUUUCGCCUUGGGAGCAGCGGAUGCUAAGGAUAAGGCAGCUGGAGGAGAACCAAAUGCCGUGCAUGACAAGACCAAGGAACCAAUGUCAGCUGCAAUGUGGUCGAAAACGAGACCUGUUAUGCAUGCUCUUGGUGAUGUUAGUGAUGGCUGGGAGAGAUUCGGCAACGCAUUGUCACCAACAGCACCUUUUCCAAAAGAGAAGCCUCGAAUUAAACUGGCCGCAGUUCUUGCACCAGUUUUUCUUAUCUCUUUAUUCACAAACUCUUACAUUCUCAUGAAGAUGAAUGGAUUGGUUGUUGGUUUCGGAUUCUUUGCAGAUCCUAUAAUCUGGAGGAUGGCCACAUACCUAAACCAGAAAUUCCCCCACUGGCAAAAGCUUCUCGAGAUCAGGAACACCCUACUGAAAGGUGUUCCAACCAAUGCCCAACUUACAGUCACCCUUCUUCGCAUAGGCGAAGCAAACAAAGCGCCCCUCCCUCCACCCCCUUAUUCAGGACCCACCCCACCAAAUGCCGCUCAUGAGACUGCCGGUCAGAAUUUGGAACAUCUUGAAGGUGUUCCCGACGAGGAGAUAGCCAAUGCCAUCCAACCAGAUGCUGCCGUAAUAAGUGGUACAGAUGCACCACCCAAGAAGAAGCAACACGGACGUAAGAUUCUUGCUGCCAUAAGGGGUGUGGCAAAGGGUGGCGUUGAGACAGCGCUGGGCACCGAUCGCCUCAAGGCUGCGGUGGGUGCAGAACAUGCCCAGAAUCGACUUGGUGUUCUUAAGUCGGGAGGAAUUAACCAUGCAGGCCCAGUAGACUUUCCAUGCCGAUUUAAGGGAAAGAAAGGACAUGCAUAUAUUACUUCAACAGCUACUACACCGGCUUUGAGUUGGACAACUGAAAAAGAGGACAUCAAUCCUGUGUUCUCGAUUGCAAUCGCUGACAUUCAGGAAAUCAAAAAAGUCGGAGGUCUCGGAUGGAAAACUAGACUUGUCGUUGGAUGGGCAACGUCGAGAGACAUCGCUGAUGGCAUUCUCAUCAUUGACAAGCAAGGAAACAAGAAGCAACUCACAGCUAUGGAGCUUCGGGAAGAGCUCUUUAAUCGUCUCAUAACUAUGGGAAAGCAGAUGUGGGAAGCCUGGUAAAAGCUAAGAAGAAGUGUCCAGUGUUUACUUACUUGUGCGUAUGUGGACGCCAAUCCUAAAAAGAUAGAUAGAAUGAUUGACUCGCAAUGCCAAGUGUCGUCCAGUUAAGUGAAAUGUACUUCAAUAAGCUUAUCUUUCUUACUCCCCAAGUCAACGAAAGUUUCGUG